GUUUCUACAAGAGUUUUGCUCAUGGAAGAGGCUUUUCGUCAAGAGUUGUUGGAGCAGUUAAGAAGAAAAGGUCAUACUUCCCCGAACCAUUUGUUUUUUACUUUGGAGGUUCGUGCAGCAAACAAGGGUACAAAAAAGGCAGCAGGCUCGACCCGAAGAAUGCAGAAGAGGUCGUGGACUCAGAGCCUCCAAAUGAGCGAGAAAGGGGAGAGACUCGUUUUGGCUGCAACGCUAUUGCAAUGUGCAGCUACGAGCGGGCUUCCGGAGCACCUAAAUGGGCUGAAAACAUGAACGGUGACCCUUUGACAAAUCCAGAACCCAAUGAUGAAGCAGAUUGUAUAGGGUCCAAAGUGAAGCAGCGGCAGGACAAGCGAAUGUAUAAGAAGAGGCUAGUGUCGGUUCGAGAAAUAGUAAACGAGCGGG